UGCUUUCGUCAUGAUGAUUCCGGCUGAUCUCAGCAAGAUGUUAAAUCUAGUUGGAUUCAUCGGCUGGAUAUUUGAUGGUUUAAUUAUGGUAGUACAUAUAGUUCUACAUUUUAGAAUGAAGAAUGUUGAGCGCCCUUUCAAGGUCCCUAUAAUUGUACCAAUAAUCGUGAUCAUCUUUGUGUUGUACAUAUUGAUAGCGCCAUUCCUGGAACCUGUAAAGACAGAGUUUUGGUAUGCUUUAUCGUUCCUUUUAGCUGGUGUUGUUUUAUACAUUCCGUUUGUAUUCUUCAAACUUCGUCUACCCGGAAUAGGUUAG